AAAAAUCAUUAUUUUUGCCCACGUUGCAGAUACAUGGCGAGGGGAGAAACCUUUAGAUUUUUGGUUCCCAAAACACUCUUUACUUCCGUACUUCUCUUCAUUAUUACAUUCACAAAGUGAAAGCGCUUCAUUGAACAUCAUUGGCCGGAGUUUACGUCUUUGCUGACCCAAAAACAGCUGCCUAGCAGUUUUUUCACGUGCGUCAUUCGCUGCGCUUUAAAUUCGCGCUGACCGUUGGCAAAACACCUUUCAUCUUAUUGACUAUACAAAAUGCCCUCUGCCCAAUUCCAAACCGCUGCCGACGAAGUUCAGCAAUUGAAGAACAAGCCCUCCAGCGAUGACCUCCUCAAGCUUUACGGUCUCUUCAAGCAGGCUACCGUUGGUGACUGCAACACCAGCAAGCCCGGUGUCUUUGACCUCAAGGGCAAGUACAAGUGGGAGGCCUGGAACGCCUUGGCUGGCAAGUCCCAGGAUGAAGCCGAGAAGGAGUACAUUGCGUUCGUCGAGGAGCUCAAGGCUAAGGAUGCCCAAUAAAUACCAACCCAUGAAAUGUAAUAAAUUUUGAUGGUCUAAUUGUUAGCACCUACUACAAGUUAUUGGGGCGUUCAAACCUUUUGGGACCGUGGGCAAUUUGCGUAUAUCGCCACUUGCGUUGAUUGGUAGAGCGAAUCAUUUGCUUCUGUGAGUUUGUCUCCUGUUGGGGAAGUCCCAUGGGUCAAUUAUACCGGAUCACCCCCAACCUAUUUGAGUUAUACGAAGCCAGCUAGCUGUAGUGAUAGAACCGCGUGCCACAUUAUUGCAAAGCGUGCGAUAAGUCAAG